AAAUUUCGUCCCAUUAACGAGACGCUAUAAGACGAAAAAGUUAAAAAAAAUUCGUCUCGUUUUGUUCUUAAUUGAAAUUGAGACGAUUUAAAAAUCGUCUCAUAAAUAUCAGGAGACGAUAUUUUGUCAAUUCGUCUCAGAAUAAAAAAAGUGGAACAAAAUAUUUUAAGACGAAUUGAGACGAAUUGAGACGCUGCGGUAAAAUCACGGAGACGAAUUGAGACGAAUUAAGACGCUGCGGUAAAAUCACGGAGACGAAUUGAGACGAAUUAAGACGCUGCGGUAAAAUCACGGAGACGAAUUGAGACGAACUAAGACGACAGGGUUUCUUAAACACGAAAAUUUAUUUAAAAAGCUAGUGUUUUUUAAAGUGGUUUUAAUGUAUUCAGAUAUUUCAGAUAGCGACAGCGACCUAGAUUGGUUGUUUACGGACGAUUCUUUGUCCGAUGAUGAAAAUGAAGAUUACAUCAACGAAAUUUUACAAUGCGCUUCAAAAAAACGAGGCAGACCAGCGCUACACGAGCAACAUCCGGGCUUGGUUCCAUGUAUCGCAUCCUACAUAAGUCAGAACUCGGCCGAGGCCCAUUUGAGGCGCAGAGACAGUAUUAUGUACACAAAUGGUGUAAGCUUAAAAGAUAUUGUCUCUCACAUAAAAAGUACGCUCGGGUUAAAUGUGAGUAAGAGCGCAGUGCAUUACCUCAUGAGACCGAGGAGAAAAAAAACCACUUCGAGCAAGCGUCACAAAUCGUUGGUUGAUGCACGUGUUCCGCCCAAGCGCAACACGGGAGAAAAAAAGAUCCAUGAAGAUUUUCAUUUUUCUUGCUCCCAAGUUAACUUGGUUAAUGAGUUAGCGCAGUUAUGCAAUGAAAACACAAUCUCCUUGUCAGUUGACAACAAAAACAAGGUGGAUGUUGGUAUUCCCGCCACGAGUAGACGUGCGCAAAUCCGACGUUAUCACAUCGAAAAUGAGGCUCCCAUUUACAAUGACCACGACUUCCCCUAUCCGAAUAGUAAAUUAACCCCAGCAGGUUAUCAACAAUUAAAGGUGAGAAUAACAAGAUCACGCUCAUUAUCUCCAACCCGCCAGCCUUUAAAAAUAAAUAGAAAAAGGUCUUUGUCUGAAGGAAGCAUCCAGUUUUUAAACUUUCCAAAACUUACUUUUUGCGAAGGUUACCACACGAUGCGGCAACUCGGUCAUGUACGAAUACAUGGAGGAAGCCAGUGAAGAGGAAGCCAGUGAAGAAGAGCCCACAGGUAAUGUGGAAGAUAGCGUAGCAGAUUCUAGCAAAGAGAUUACGGAUGAGAGCCACCUACCAAGUGAUCAACUAAAAUCCUUGGACUUGGUAUUUGCAACCAAAGCAGUCAAAAGCCUUUCACCGUAUAAAACCUUGCCAGGCCUUUCACUAUCUAAAACCUUGCCUGACCAUUUACCAUCCAAAACAUCGCCUGAUCAUUCACCUUCUAAAACUUCGCCAGCCAUUAAUCUUUUGACUCCGGAAAAUUUUCUUUUUAAUAUCACACCAGAAUUACCGUCAAUCGUGUCCACUUUAAAAAAUGAUCCUGCUACCGUCUCCACAAGCUCUUUCAUUGCUGAUUGUGUUCAAAACAUUCCAAAUUUUAACAUUGCCGACCAUGAAAUCGAUUUUGAGUCCAACAAUCUGGCACAGGUAAUCCACGAAACAAAAAGAAACACUGAUUUGAUACUGGGCCUGUGUCAGAAGUUGGACACAAAAGUAGACGCUAUAAGCGCAAGAACUGCUGUGCUUGAGAGUUACAUCAUGAAAAAAAGAAACUUAUACGAGGCUAAAAAUAAAAUUUACCAGGAACCAUUGCCCUUGCCAGCAACAAUUACCCAGCCACCGAAUAGUUAUGUUGAGAUGCUGGAAAAUAAUUUUGAUCCGCUACUUUUCUUGCCCACAGAACAUGAUGACAUGGGCAUGGAGACCACGCAUGUUGAAGCACGGCCGCAAGUCGCAACUCCGCAAGCCACACCACCCGUUGGUAAAAAAAACCCGCUACGCAAAAUUAACCCAUGCUCCGCGUUAAUUAAAAAAGAGCUGGGUAAGCGUUUCACCCUUGCCGAAUUAGCAGGUGGCAGGUUGAAUGGUGGCAAAAAUAAAAACGUGUUGUCACCACGAAGAAUGGGAAUAAUUUUGCAGAAGGCCAGGAAGGAGCAUAAGGAGGAAUUUGAAAAUAAUAUAAAAAACAAUUUAAAUGAAAUCAUUAACUCAAAAUGUCGAAAGGCAAGUCAGAAAAUAAGGGACACCACGGAUUGAUAAAAUAAAUAGACGAAAUUAUUUAGGUCAAUUCUCACGUUCCGAACUUUUUUUUUCUCGCAUUCUAUAAAAAACCUUAGGCACAGAAAGGUCAAAGUAAAAGUGUUUUUGCAUACGUAUUUAGCUACGUAUUUAUGGACUGGUUUCUUAUAAAAAAAACGUGCAUAACGUAAAAUGUUGAGAUGAUUGAUUUCCUAAAACCGUGGAAAUUUCAGAUAAAAUUUUUUAGCUCCUUAUUCUGACUUGUCUUCGUAUUUUAAGUUUUUAUUUUAAUAUUGUUUGAAAAAGAAUUUGUUCUAAUUUAUUCCGCGCUUUUUUAUUCUCGCACUUUUUUUAUUCCCUUACAAAAUAAAAUGUCUUACAAAAUAAAUUUUAGAUAUUUCUAACUAUGAUUUAUCAUAGUUAAUAGAAAUAUCUAAAAUUUAUUAACUCCCUAUUUUAACUUUUCUUCGGGUAUAGGUUCAGCAUGUUUAUGUUUCUCAUAACAUACUUAAAAAAAGAAUCAAACUGAUAAAAAAAACGACAACUCACUCGCACGUGUGCUCUGACCCUCUGAAACCAAUGAAUGAAUCACGAUUCGAACACAGAGCAGAAGAUAAAAAUUGUUACAUUUUUCUUCUUGAAAAAUUCGAAAAGGACGGUUUCUCUUAGCUCCCCAACAUAACAUUUAAAUGUAUUAAGUUAAAAAGAGCUAAUAUACUGAAAUGUACGAACCAUUACAGGCAGAAUACACCUAAAUACACCUAAAUACACCUGAGAACAAACAUCUUGACAUAAAUUUUGCUUUUAUCCCUGAUCUGUGUACUGGUUUCGUUUAGUUAAUGAAUACCAUGUUAAGGCUAUUUUCUACCUCAAGAAAAUUUUCGGCGAUUUUUGAUUGGCUAAUUUUAAUGUUUUUCGAUGAUGUGACGUUUGCGGAGGAACGCCAGCCAUUUCGAAUAUAUCUCCCAGUAAAGACGAGCUAUGUUUCGCAUCUAACUAUCUAUAUUUAAUAUCUAUAUAUUCCUUCCUAACAACAUAUUUAAAGAAUCCUAAUCUUAAAGAAUAUUUAUGGCUAAAUUCAGUUUCAGAUAUACUUACCAGUAAAUAUCGAAAAUAACUCAAGAUUCCAUCUGUCACGACCAAUAAUAAUAUUUUUUGUGAGAUUUGUUUCGCUUUUCCACAACAUAGUUCCAGCUUCGAACGACGAAGUUUGCUGUGAUAAAAUGUUGCCAAGUUUGAUAAAUAUACAGACCGUAACAUUCAACAAUCGAACGAGUACAAACAAUGUAGCUUAAGUUAAUCAGUAGCUGUGCCACUGCUAGCCAGGAGACCCAGCGUAAUUUUUCUUACCACCGGGAAAUCGGAGUAGUUAAGGUGGGAAAAUUACGCUGGGUCUCAAACGAUUUUUCUGCGGCCAAAAUCUGGCCGCGCUUUUUGAUUGGCUAAUUCUAUUGUUCUCUGCUCACGUGAUUAUUAUCGGGGAAAGCCCUUUUCAUCCCGAAUAUUCCAGCGAGUGGUUUCACUCACCCUAACAAACAUUAGUAUUCUACAAAGUUUUUACCAAAGUAAGAUUUGACCAAGCUUGGUAAACAACUCACAGAUAAAUUAAAAUGUCCUCCGAAGCGAUUAGUCACAUUGUUCGAUUUAAACUCGGGGUUUCCGCUGAGUCAUUCGUUCGCGUCUAAGCUUUAGUUUGAGAGAAACUCAUUUUAUCAACUGAAGAAGAAAGCUUAGUUAACUAGGCUAUGCCACUGCCGUUCCGCUAGAACAAUGGAAUAAUUUCUUUUUCACGGAACAAAAUCACGCUGGGUCUCCUGGCCAAGAUUUAAGUUUCGUGUUAAACUCACGGAAGUGUUCGAAAAUAUUUUUCAACUUUUGAGACGAAUUUAUUAUAGCAGAGACGAAUUGAGACGAUUUGAGACGAAUUAAGAAAAUUCAUAGACGAAAUGAGACGAUUCGGAGACGAAUUUGUUUUUAAAAUAUGAUAUUCGGAGACGAAUUUGUGACUAUCAGGAGACGAUAUGAGACGAAUUAAGACGGUUAAGACACUACAAUGUUAUCACAAAAAAUCGUCUCGUAUGAAAGAGUUAAGACGAACAAAACAAAUUUACAAGACGAUUUAAAAUGAGCCGAAUUUAGACGAAAUUUGUGGACGAU